GAAUUCGGCGAAAAGUCAGCGAUCUCAGCUAGACUUAUGUGUAGUAGUAUUCAGAACAAAGUCUGGUCCAAACGCACAAGUUGGGAAAUUGGUUGCCCACAGUAAGAGACAGGUCCGCGGCUUCGUCGGCUGCCACAAAAUGCUCGAAAAGGGCUUCUACCUAGUCGUCUGUCUAGCCUUCAAUCAUUGGCACACUGGUCUCGAGUUGGCGCCAAAGUCAGUGUGGCCUGGCCACGUGUUGGCCGCACAUUCAUCCAAACCAUUGGCGGUGGAGCGGCCAUCUUUACAUCCACAUAUACUGGCAGAUGCGAUCAUAGGUUUGACGCUGGCAAGGGGUCAGAGACAUGAAGGUCGGCAGGGGAUGACGGCGUAUUAUCUCACCAAGGGCUGGGCAGGUCUAGUAGUCAUGGUGGAGAACAGACACACAGACAAGUGGAUUCACGUGAAGUGCGACUGCCAAGAGAGCUACAACGUGGUAUCAACGCGGGGUGAACUGAAAACCAUAGAUUCUGUACCCCCAUUACAUAGACAAGUGAUAAUAGUCCUCACCCAGCUCGAAGGCAGCGGCGGUUUCUCCAUAGCCCACCGUUUAACACAUCGCCUCGCUGCCGGGGCCCGCUUGCAAGACUGGGCCCCACACGCCGACGACGAGCCCCGCCACAGACCGCCCCUGGCCCGGCGUCUAUACGGCCUCCACGCCCCCCGACUUAUCACUUAAGAGGUAAGACCUUAGUCACUCGUAUUAAAAGACAUGGGAUUUGAAAGAAUUGUUGUGAUUGUUAUUUAUAUUUUUUGUCAUGUUGAUAACGUGUAAUGUCAUCCGUGUCUAUCUGAAAAUAUGAUGAUGUCGUCUAUAUAGCAAAACACAAACUUGCGAAGAAAAUGUUGAAGUUUAUCGCCUAAUUAAAUUGAAAAGGUUUUGGAUCGCUGAACUAAUCAAAGUGCAGACGUCAACACAAUUUAAAUGCUUUGAAAGCAAAAACUUAUUGAAAUAUUGAACUAAAUUUAACUCAUUGAUAUUUGAUAGAAUGCUUAAGCUGAAUCCAGGCAAUUGGAAUUAAGAACACACUCGAUUUAACGAAAAGAAGAAGAUGCAAAAAUCACAGCCCUGUUAAAGUAUUAGAUUUUGGAAAACUUAUAUGUAAUGGGCAUGCAGAUUUAGACAUAACUUUCAAAUGUUUAUAGAUGUGCUUGGAAAUGCUAAAUACACUUAAUACAAAUUAUAAUGGCAAAGAAUAUAUGCGAAAAUAGAAUGGACCUGUUAACACAAAAGAUUUGAUAUUUUGAAUCUCAAUUUCUGAUAGAUAAUAAGAAUAAAUUAAGUUUUUGAUACAGCACAAUGCGUCACUCAUGUUGAAUGUACAGUCUCACUCCAUAACAGUGUUACAUAGUAUUACAGUUCUUAUUGUAAGGGGAAACAGUUCAAAAUGGCGUGAUCAUGAACGUGUGUAAGCAAUACGUUAAAGUCUAACUCGUUUUUUACUAAUAAUGAUCUGUAGUUAUUGUAUGCUAUGACGAAAUAGAUUAAUCGUGCGUAUUGACUUAAGUCUAGAUAUUGUAGUUUGUAACAAAAACUUAGAAGACUCCGUUAAAAUAGUUGUUUGAGGCACUUGGCUUGCCAUUAGGAAUUUGAAUUUUAUUUUUGCAAUAAAAUUCUUAAUUGAUUCAACCUUAAUGCCUCUUAUUCCAUUUCAAAUAGUCACUUAUAUUCAUUUAUUUGUUUAUAACUACAGGAAUAUAAAGUAUAUUUUUUAUCUUCAAAGUUUUUGUCACAUACUGUAUAAUAUGUAUUACUUAUAGCCGAUAAUAUUUUUUCUACUAUGCAUAAAAUAUCAGGACAUGUAGAGUGAACGGACGACGCGAUAAGUUUAUUUUUUCAUAAUAUUUUUCGUGUCGUCUGUCCAACGCCGUAUUUUUGCUGUUACAAAACGCACGUUAUUUUUGACAGCAUAGGGUUGAAAUCACGUUGCUACGAUAUAUCAUAAUAAUAUUUUGGCAUUAAAGAGAUAAGUAUUCAUCAGAAAAGGUACGUUUUUAAAUAUAUUUUUA